UUCUAAUCUUAGUCUCUUAACUAGAUUAUUUUUCAUGUAUUUUCUGACGUUAUUUUUUGUAUUAAAGCUUUGGUUAUAAUCUCAUAAACAAUAACACGUAUUCGUGCAGAUUAUCAGUUUUGUACAAUAAGAAUGAUUGAGCACAGAAAUGUUUACGAUACCUCGUAUAGGUCAAACUUCAGCCAAGCGUUUACUCCUCGUGACGAAAAACCAUGGCGCAAAUUCGAACCCAUAAAUGCAGAUCCGCCUACCAAACAGUACUCACGGAAAUCAAACAUGUCUCACAGGAGUAACAACUCAGACAGAGGUCACGUAGCCACGCUGGGGGGAUCUCUUCCAGGAAUAUUUCACUCGGAACCCCAGCCGGGUGCCUCGACUUACGCCAGGGCUGGAGUUGCAAGCUCGCAGGGUAUGAAUGAAGUGGGCUCGAAGCUGGUCAUGUCUCAAAAUAUAGCAGCCAAAGCGGCCGAGAUUGAACACAGUAUUCAAGCUGAAAGAGCCCAAAAAGAGGUGAGGCGCGUGAUCGAGUUCUACCAGAACAGAGGGAGUCCCAACUGUGCAGUGGUGUUGUUAGUGGCCAGGUGGCUCAGACUAUCCAUCAACUUCGUCGACAUCAAUCUACAGAACCAGAACAGUGUGGAGGAGUUGAAGAAAGUGAACCCUGUGGGACAGGUCCCUGUGAUCAUAGACGCCGACGGAUUCACCCUCUCCGAAUCGAGGGCAAUCAUGAAGUACCUGACCCUGAAGUAUGCCUCCAGACACCAACUGGAGAGUCUAUACCCGAGUGACCCUGCGAGGAGAGCCCAGAUAGACGCCAUGAUGGACUACGAGCACUCCUCUCUCGCCCCCCUCGUUAGGAAUUACAUCAGUCUCUUCCUGUUCGACAGAUCCCCCGACAGAAACCACAACAUGGCUCAGCUUCAGAUACAAAUCAAUGAUGUUCUGACUUCUCUCAGCCAGUUCCUCACAGUGCGUCGCUUCUUCGGCAAUGAUGACGUCAGUCUAGCCGAUGUCCUGCUAGGCCGAAACUUGGCCAUGUUACAGACUGCGGGAUUCUUCAGACAAGAGCAGAACUGUAUCUCCAACCUGAUGAACUGGCUGGAGAGGAUGACCAGUCUCCCCAACUGGCAUGAGUGCAUGGAGGCUGUCAACGGACUCAUUCUGUCCAACUCCAACCAGUGACAAAAAGACUCAUUUGUUAAAACUACUAUUACAGUUUAAAUAACCUCAAACGAAAACAAAACCCGACGAAAUCUUAAUUAAUAAUUGAAACAGCA